AUGGAAGAUUCUCACAAGAAUAACGCUUCAGAGACAGCACCUCAGUCUGGUUCAACAGUUCAGGGAGCUCAUAUUUCUCAUAUUCCUCAACAGAUGUCAUUAAGAGGAUCUGCGCCAGUGACAAUUGUACCUCUUCCUGGAGAGCAAGUACAGGUUCAGGGGGUCAUCCAGACAGCUCAGUCUUCUGUAAUUCACCCACCACACGUGCAAACGGUAUCAUCUUUAUCAGAAAGUGAAGAGUCUCAGGACUCAUCUGACAGCAUAGGCUCCUCACAGAAAACCCACGGGAUCCUAGCACGGCGCCCAUCUUACAGAAAAAUUUUGAAAGACCUAUCUUCUGAAGAUACACGGGGCAGAAAAGGAGACGGAGAAAAUCCUGGAGUUUCUGCUGUCACUUCUAUGUCUGUUCCAACUCCCAUCUAUCAGACUAGCACCGGACAAGAAGCUGCUCGAGAAUGUCGCAGAAAGAAGAAAGAAUAUGUGAAAUGUCUGGAAAAUCGAGUUGCAGUCCUGGAAAAUCAAAAUAAAACUCUAAUAGAAGAGUUGAAAACUUUGAAGGAUCUUUAUUCUAAUAAAAGUGUUUGAUGCUUAAGAAAGAAAAUAUUUUUGUGGACUUGCCUAAAAAUUAGAAUUUCUUUUUUAGUGGAGUUUUAUGAAUUAAAAAGUCAAAAAUGAAGCUUUUUAUUUAGGCUUUUGCAACUCAGAGAUAAAUAUCUUAUGCAAGAGAUCUGGUGACAGAGGAUAAAGUGGAAAAAGACCUCAAGGAGGUCACUGGCACAACUGGAAGCUCUGUAAAAAUUAAACAUACUCAAGAAACAAGAAAUGAACUUUCACAAAUUCAAAUUUUCUAAAUAACAAUAGUUGUCAUACUCCAAAAAUGGCAGAUAAGAUGAAAUUUGAUAAAUCAGAUUUUUAAAAAUAAAUCAAUUUACCCUAUAGGUUUGCAUUUCUUACCGUUUCCUAAAAUUUACCUUUUUCAAUUGUGUGUGUGUGCAACUUCUGCCAAUAAAUUCUAAAUUACAAAUAGAAAAAAGCUAAUACACAACUAUAUAUAUAAACUGUGUGUUCUGAUUAUGUAUACUUGCUCUAUCAUCAGGUCUUAAAUGGGUUUUUAAAAGUUUGUUUAUUGGACUUGAGAGGAUUUUUGAGACUGGGUUAACUAUUUUUGAGGCCUUGUCCUAAAAGGCAUCUAAGGUACAUGAGUGGAGUGUGGUGAUUUUUGUAACAUUUUUUUAUCAGAAUGGAAAGAGAAUUGUUUAAAAGUUUGAUACUUUUAAAUGGUUUGUUUUUUGGUUACUCUGGGAAUGGUGAUUUUCUACAAAUAUUUAAUAAAUUGUUUUUUGAUUCUAUAUUCUGUAUGCAGUUAAAUAUACAUUACUUAUUCUGUUGUGCUUUAAUAGAAUGGAAUGUUUACAGGCCCUUGAGAUGUUAGAGUAUUUUAAAAACCUUCUGAAGAUGCAUACCAAAGUUUUCCAAGAGGAUUUUAUAAUUGGUUUAAUGUAAGGUUUAUCAGAUUCUAAAAUAGUACAGUUACUAAGGCAAUUUUAUGUGAGAGACUAUUUUGUAAUGUAGUGAAUGGUACAUUUAUAAGAAAUGUGACUGCCAAUAUAUUUUUAUAGCUAAUCUUUAUAAAUUCUAAAGUUGAGUUUUUAAUGAUUAUUUUAAAUGUUUAUAUAGUUUGUUAGUAAACAAUAUUUUGCAUCUCAAAGUAUCAUUUUUAUAUUAUAGGAAGUAAAGUUUCCAGAUUGGCUAAGAUUUGAAUUGUAAGUUUUGUAUGCAGUUUAUCCAGAGUUCAAAAAUGCUGUCAGCACACCAGUGUUUAACCUCUGUAUUCCAAUUUGUAUACACUUUGAAAUUGUACUGCAAAACUAUUGUGUGCUUCUUAUACAAUAUGUAUCAUAUUGUUGUCUAUGAAAUUAAAGGACAUUUGAUAAAAAUUAAGUUUGCCGAAUGUAAAAUAUAUUGCUUGAUAUAU